AUGCGUUACUCUACCAUUGCCGGUCUCCUACUCGUCCUUAGUAGCUCUGUGGCUGCCGCCCCUUCAGUCUUCGAGCUUACACCCCGCUGCGUGAAGACCGGACAGUACUGUGAUCCUGACAAAAACGGCCAGUGUUGUGAUGCCUGCUGCGCUUAUUGUGCCUCGGGGGUCAAACGCGACGACGAAGAGGUCAAGCGGGACGGCGUGUUGGUCAAACGCAGCGACGGCGGUGUAGAACUCAAACGUGAGGAGGAUGGCUACGUCUUUUGCAAUUAUUAUUGUUGUAACAAGUGA